CUUCUAUGGCAGCCUCGAACCCGGUCCACAUAAUUGUGUGGACCGAAUCGCCGCCAGUCCCAAAAGCCACACGUUCCCGCGCUAACAUUUGCCGGCGCCCAAACCCUCCCGCCGCCGCGCGACUUCGCGGCUUGGUACUCCGUCUCCGCCCGCAUCUCGACACCGCAAACCUCGAUGGCGGAGGAGGAGGAGGGGGAUGGCAGGACGACGGGCUCGAAGCCCAUCUGCACCAUCUGCUACGAGGACCUCAAGCCCCUCGUCGAACACCUCCAGGCCGCCCCCAUCUGCGGCCACGUCUUCCACGAGCUCUGUGGUUCGAGUAUUGCCCCGCCGGCAAAAAGCCGAUCUGCCCCGUCUGCAAUCAGUCCUGCCCCCUGCGCCGGCCCACCCGCCUCUACUUCCAGUCAGCCGGCGACUCCGCCGCCGCUACCCAGACGACCAUCACCUCCUUCGUCUCCCAGCGGCCUUCCUCCGAGGCCUUGGCUGCGGAGGUCGGGAGGUUGGAGCUCAAGCUCGCCUCCCUCACUGCCAAAUUCGAGAUCCAGGAGACCCAUCUCAAGGAAUUGAACGACGAGGUGUCUUCUUGGAAGGAAUCAGCCACACGGGAAGAGGCCAAAAGGCUAGCUGUCAAGAAAGAGAAAGAGCGCAUCGAGCAGUUUCUUCAUGCGAAAACGGAGGAACUGAAUAGAAAAUCGUUGGAGUGCCUAAGGCUAGAGGAGAGGAACUUGGGAUUGGGUAAAGAACUCGCGGCGCUCAAGCUUGCGACAGACCUCAAUCUGGGGGAAGAAGAAAUGGUGAAGCUUGCAUCACUAGGUCAUGGGUGUAACCAUGAUAAUGCAAUUGACGUUAUGAAGAGGUCGCUUGCCCUGCGCAACAAGAGCUACAAGGAACUGAUGGCUCAGUGCAACAAUUUAGGAAGAGCAGAGACUCGCUCACGUCAGAAUCUCGACAAGGCCAUUGAGAAAAUAAGGAAAAUGAAGAUGAGGAUACAAGAACUGGAGAAGGCGCUUGAAGAUAAAGAAAAUGGCUUUCUCAGGGACCUGAAAGCUUCUAAGAAACGUAAAGCUAAAGGGUUAGAUUCAAAUUACACUUCAGAUAACCUCAAACUCCCACACACUGCAGAUCCCCCAACAGAAGAUCAUUCUAAGAAUACUACUCUACACUAUUUAAACAGCAUCUCUGGAGGUUUACAAGCCCAUAAUGAUUUGGCUUCACCUGCUGACAAGGAUAAAAAUUUUGCAAUGGAUCUAAAUGAUGAUGCUAGCUUCUUUGAUGUAGAUGCUCUUAAACACCGUCCAAGCUUGCAUGAGGAUCUAUAUCGACAAUCUGAUACCGGAAAUCAAUCUGAAUUGUAUAAAAGUGCAGAUAUCCAGAAAAGAUCUUCAUGUGAGCAAGAUGCUUCCUCUUGUCCCAACAGAGAAGCGUAUUCAAUCUGUAAACCAAGUGAUGCUUCUGGCAAGUCAUGGAUUCCAGACAUUUCUAAGCACAGAACAGAGAACACUGAUGAACAUGGAGGGAGAAGUCAAAUAGACUCAACCUGGGUGAAAGAAGUAUUAUCUAUUGAUAACAUCACGAAGAAAAAACCAUCAGCAGAAAAUAUAACCGAAACUCAAGCGUGCAAUGCAGCUGCAAUUCAUGGUGACGGAUGUUUUCCGGGAGUCCUUGGAACAAGUAUUGUCAACAAGAAUGUGGGGAGAUGGUGCAAGCAGGUUCUCAAAAAGCCAUCCUCAUCUCUUGGUAUGGAAGCUUCAAAGAGUAGUGGCGACUUGAUUGCUGUUGGAGCGGAUGGAAGAGGAGGGAGGAUUAAGAUACUUAGAAGUGGUGGCCAUUCCUUGUCUAUGCAGCCACAAUCUCCGUCCUCCAAGAAAUCCAAGUACGAAGCUAACCGAACCAGUCAGCUACAAAUCGAGCGUUUCUUCAGAAAGCCCAAAACGCACGAAGGUUGACGAAAGACCGUCCCAUCCGGAAAGCAAUGCGAAUAGAUGAUAGAUGCUGUCCGUCAACGAGUCACUGAAGACGGGAUCGAAUUUUUGGUGGGUGUUCAUUCAUUGUGAUUGCAGAAGCCCAGUGGUUGACUUUUUCUGCACUACACAGAAUUGUCAAGAUUUAUUUGAUGAUAUUAAUGUAAAUGUACGAUAUUAAAUUUGUCGUCAA